CGAAAGUAGAUUUGGUAAACGCGUUUGUAUUACUUAUAAACGAGGUAAACUUGAUUUGUCGGUGGCAAAAUGGGAAAUACAUUGGAUAUAGGAACUGUAGGCCGGAAAAACGAAACCGCGAUGGAUAUAGCAGAAUUGCAGAAACAGAUGAGUGUAGUAGACCAUUCGAUGACAGGGCUGGCUAAGUCCAUAGAUUCAAUGCAAGCUGCUUGUAAAAUGUUACUUUUGCAUUUAGAGAAGAAAGAAGAAAUUAACACGGAUGAUUGCUUGGAAGGUGAAAACGAGGACAGAAAACAAUCUGGUCCUGAUCUUGCGCUUGAGCUUCUUCGAUCGAUAGAUGAAAGCGUGACUGACCAUAAAUUCAUUGCAAUGGAUGUUAUUGGCAGAUUGCUGCAUUUCAUUGCUAAUAACUUGCAAAAGUAUGGCAUCUCGUCAAUGAAGAGUGAUAAAGAAUUAACUCUGGAUAAAUAUGUAGCUGCAAAGUGUCCUUUCGAUAUGACAGGUACGGUUCUGUUCUAUGAUGAGAAAAUCAAAUCUCUAAGGUCAGAGGUUGGAAAGUUAAAAGAAAUUAAAAGAAACUUACGUAGCCGCAUUGAUACAAUGCAGAGAAGAGAAGACGAUUUAAUUGAAGAAAACACAUGUCUACAUGAUCAGGUUGAUAAACUAGAAAUAAAAUUGAACAUUUCAAGACAAGACAAGCAAACCAUACCGUCAACUGCAGAUGGUAAUGACAAACAGUUUACAGAAACAAACAAUAUACCGUUAAAAGUAGAAACUGUCGAAAAACAGAAAGAUAAAUUUGACGACAUGUUGGAAGAACAUUUGAGCGAAAAAGUGAAAGAGCUGGUAGAUUUGAAAAAGGAACGGGAAAUAGAAAGACAAAAGUUCGAAGAAGAAAUUGCCCAAUACAAAAAUGAAAACACAGUACUUGAGGACGCAAAUAGAACCUUAGUUGAGGAACUUGAAAGGAAAAAACCCGCAAAAGUUAUACAAGUUCAGGUUCAGAUGUACAGGAACCUUUGCAGUAUGAGCAUAGAAACCAGUUUGGCAGACUUCUUGAAAUACAAAGCGAAAACAAAAUCACUAGAUUUGAAAAUUAUUACAUAUUAUAAGCGACUAGCUGUUGAAAGAGACAAGCCUGUUAUAAUUCUUUGCGAUUCGUCUUCCGUUUCGACCAGUUCAAAAAAGACGGGAAACGCAAUCGGAGGCAUAGAAGCAACUCAAAAUGCUGCCGUAGUUGUAUUGCACAAGGACAGCAAAAAAUCGAUACAGUACAAACAGGCUGCUAUGUUAAAAAAAUACCACCCAUAUUCUUCACUUGGUGAAAUUGUCGAUGUAGCAUGUGACAGCAACAGUGUGUUUUUGUGCGAUGAUAAUGACUACGCUGUUGACGAUAUCAUCAACUACAUCUACAAACGAAGAUCUUGAGUAACAGAUAGACGUCAGACCUUCAGUAAGAGUAAUUAUAAUCGAAUAAUGUUACCGUAUCAUACAAGUAUAUGCUUUGUGUAAAAUACCGUUAAUGAAUUGAAUUUACAUAUACACGUUCUACGUUAAACAUUAUGCUUUAUUCAUCUAAUGAUUCCGCUUAACCAUCAUGCUCUUCCUUAAAUACAAAUCCAUAAUUUAUAUUAAUUCAGAUUUUAACAAAAAGUAAAUUUUUGAGUAAAUAGAUACAGAUAUCUAUCAACAAUCUCGUCUCUCCCGGAAGACUAUAAGGAUCUUACAUGCCUGCCUGUGUAAGACGGGGUUUUCCCUACCCGAGGGACAGUGUGGAAUGGAAAACCGAGCGUUAGCGAGGUUUUUUAUCCAUGCUGUCCCGAGGGUAGGGAAAUCAGCUGUCUUACACAGGCAGACAUGUUAGGUCAUUUUUCUUACCUAUCAUGUUCAAAAUAGAUCGUGGAGACAAAUGGAUAUUUCCUGACAUUAUUUAUAAAGUUUAUGACGUCACAAUGGUACCAGUACUAUGUGACGUCACCUUAGUGCACGCUAUUUUAGACAAGGUUUUUCCCUAGGGAAAGACAGAAAUAUCUCUCCCCGGCACGUGAUCGGAUAAAUGUAUACUUUCCCCGCUAGGUAGGCAAGAAAAUAAGGAUCUUACAUGCCUGUCUGUGUAAGACGGGGUUUUCCCUACCCGAGGGACAGUGUGGAAUGGAAAAUCGAGCGUUAGUGAGGUUUUUUAUCCAUGCUGUCCCGAGGGUAGGGAAAACAGCUGUCUUACACAGGCAGACAUGUUAGAUCAUUUUUCUUGCCUAUCAUGUUCAAAAAAGAUCGUAGAGACAAAUAUGUUUUUGGUGUUUCCUGACAUUAUUUAUAAAGCUUAUGACGUCACAAUGGUACCAAUACUAUGUGACGUCACCUUAGUGCACGCUAUUUUAGACAAGGUUUUUCCCUAGGGAAAGACAGGAAUAUCUAUCCCCGGCGCGUGCUCGGAUAAAUGUAUACUUUCUCCGCUAGGUAGGCAAGAAUUGCCUCAAUGCAUGUCUUCUUACAAAUUAAGUUCUUUCUGCUUUGUAUAUAAGUUUAUAACUGUUGUGGUAGUCAAUACAAUGCAUUCAGUAAGUUUACCUUCACUGAAGUUCUUAUGUACAGGUGGAUACUUUAUAUCAUUUAUCAAACUGCACAUUUAUUAUGGCUGUCUAUACUCUUUAUGUGAAAAUCAAUGAUUACUCUUUUUAGUUCCCUAGGGUACGUACAGGUAUAUAGCUGGGAUCAUAAAGAGUCCAUCGUUGGUUCGCAUGACAAAAUUGUUCUUCAAACAACUUUCUCUUUUGAACAACUAAAUGGAAUUAAAUCAAUGGCUGGAAGAUGCAAGAAUUUAAACGCAUGUAAUUGAUAGCCAUGGCAGAUAUGGAUACUCCUCAUCUUCAGUAGUGAUUUUCCUUCCUUCAAACGACUUCUUCUCCCGAACUACAAAAUUUAUUUCAAAAGUAAGCUGGUAUCCGACUAUGGAUUCAGAAAUUUACUAGGAACAUCAUUAUCAUUAGAGGCAAAGAAAGAACGCUGCGCUUCAUAAAGACUUUCUUCUCAAAUGGCAACAUGUAUCAAUAAAUCAAAAUUUUCUAUGUGCAUCAGUUACAAAAGAUGGCUCCUUUUUAAACUAAAUUUCGGUGGACCUAGCUGUCUUUUAGUGGUGGAGAUUCACAAAGGUACAACAGACGGCACUGAUCUCCAAUUUUUAUAAUCAGAAUAACUACCCUUUAUUUCUUUCAGUAAUAAAGAGAAAACCAUCCAAACGAUUUUUUUUUAUAAAUACUUUCCAGUUUUAGCAUUUUAAAUAGAAAUUAAAAUUUUUACGCCCCCCUUCGAGGAGGGGUAUAUUGUUUUGCAGACCUCUUUCGGUCUGACGGUCGGUCGGUAGUUGGUUCGGUCUUAAUAUGGAGGUUGAUCAUGACCAGCAGAUGACCCUUAUUGAUUUUGAGGUUAGUAGGUCAAAGAUCAAGGUCCCAGUGACCCGGAACAGUUAAACGGUUUCUGGAUGAUCACUCAAUAACUCUUGGGCCUUGGAUUAUGAAAGUUGAUAGAUAGGUUGAUCAUGACUAACAGAUGAUCUCUAUUGAUUUUGCGAUCAGUAGGUUAAAGGUCAAGGUCACAGUGACUGACCCGGGACAGUUAAAUUGUUUCCGGAUGUUAACUCAAGAAUGCUUCAGCUUAGGAUCAGGAAAAUUGAAAGGGAGAUUGUUCAUGACCAGCAGAUGACCCCUAUUUAUUUUGAGAUCAGUAGGUCAAAGGUCAAGGUCACAGUAACACAGAACAGUUAAACCGUUUCCGGACAAUAACUUGGGAAUACUUAGGCUUAGGAUCAUGAAAGUUUAUUAGGAGGAGUAAUCAUGACCAGCAGAUGGCCCCUAUUGAUUCUGAGGUCAGUAGGUCAAAGGUCAAGGUCACAGUAACCUGGAACGAUUAAACCGUCUGCGGACGAUAACUUGAGAAUGUUUGGGCCUAGGAUCAUGAAAGUUGAUAGGGAAGUUUGUCAUGAUCAUCAGGUGACCUCUAUUUAUUUUGAGAUCAGUAGGUCAAAGGUCACAGUAACCAGGAACUGUUAAACGGUUUACGGAUGAUAACUCAAGAACAUUUAGGCCUAGGUUCAUGAAAGUUGAUAUAGAGAUUAGUAAUGACCAGCAGAUGACUCCUAUUGAUUUUGAGGUCAGAAGGCCAAAGGUCAAGGUCAAAUUGACCCGGAACAGUUAAACGGUUUCCGGACGAUAACUUGAGAAUGCUAUGGCCUAGGACCACGAAACUUAAUAGGGAGGUUGAUCAUGACCAGCAAACGACGCCUAUAGAUUUUGGGCUCAAUAGGUGAAAGGUCACAUUGACCUAGAACAAGAGAACUUUUGUGCACAGUGACCAAAUCACUUCUGUUCCUUGUGCAAUUACUGAAUGCAUCACGGGGGCAUUUUGUGUUCUACGAGCUCCUGUUACUAAAUGUUUUGUCAUAUUAUGUUGGAACAAAGAAUUCAUGCACAUAACAAUGAUUACUGUAAGUCUGAACCAUUUUUUCUGUAAUAAGGUUUUCCUUGAUUUCUCUUUAAAUACUAGACAAUACCUGGCAUAUCAUAAGAACACUAAAUUGUAGUAGGAACUUAAGGUAGUUCUGCACAUUUUGAUCAUUUAUUUUUCUACAAUGUAGAUUUGAUUAAACCCUUAAUUUACAAAACAUGAGAAAUACAUAUAGAAUUCGGCAUAUGGAUAUAAAUAAGAUAGGGGCGUUUGCUUGAAUUUGCUUGAUUUUUUGCUUGCCUGAUUUGAAAAAUGUGUACCUCAGAAAAGUUUUCAUAAUGGACGUCUAUAGGAAAAUCACCAUUUAUUAUUUUACAUGUCAAACGUUCUAACAUCAUACUUUAUCUUUAGAAAUACUUAGUAUAUUAACAUUGUCAUUUUGAUCAAUUUCCCCACACGGGUUGUUAUUAAUUAUUUGUAAAGCGAUUUUCUUAUCCGUAUAUUUAUUCUACCUUAUCGUCACAAGUAACUUUCACCAUUACUUCCGGUUUAUUAAACGUGCAAAACUAUACAUCAAUUAUAAUGUACCAGUUACCUUGAUAGCUUUAAAAAGGACAAUAUUUUUUGUAAAUCAGCCAUUUCAAUGCCACACCGAUCUAAUUUUUCAGAUUUUGCCUCAUUUGUUGAUGGAUUGUUUUGAAAGUAAAGUAUACAGGAAACAUUUCCAUGCGAAAAAAUUUAAGAUAACAAUGUGUUUUGGGUACAAACUUUACACUUAAAAAUACGUUUUCCUAUAAAGUUGACAUAGUAAAAGAUAUUUUGAACAAACAAAAUUAUUCUAGUUCCUGAGUGUGAAAAUUAAAUAUAGUAUAUCCCUCAAAAUAAUUCACAAAAAAAUCCCUGUUUGCUGGAUAAUACAGUAGUCAAACUUUUACUUUUAAAACAGGGAAGCCAAUUGAUACGGCCCCGAAGGGUCUCUUGUUGCAUUUGUUUUAGAUGGGUUGUUAUAAAUUUUCUGUUGUUUGCUUGUUUUUGUUAUUACAAAUACACCUAAGGCCAAAAGUUCUGCACGGGUUUUAGAAGUGUAAUAACUUUUUCAAAUUUUGACCAGUUGUCUUAAAACCGGUUUUAUUUUAAUUUCCACACAAAUCUACAAAUUAUUGUUCAAAAAAUUCAAGUAAGCGACAAUGUCUCGGUUGAGUGGUCAUGGUGAGCACGAAUUUCACGUGCAAUGUACAACGUGUAGAUUCACAAUGUAAUUUUGAGUUUUUAUGCUUAUCUUGCUUUGACUAAACCUGACACGUCAUUCGCCAGUGCAUAUCUUUAAUUUAUCUUGACGUUAACGUCACAAUGAAACUCUCAAAUGAGGAAUGUAUGCGCGCUAUAGGCCAGUUGCAAGGUGGGAUCACUGCGUCGCAAGUUGCAAGAAACUUUGGAGUUCACGAACAUACCAUUCGUCGUCUUAGACAACGAUACGGCGUUACCGGGAGAGUAAACGACCGUCGACGUACAGGACGUCCACGUGAAACUACACGUCAGCAGGACAGGUGGAUAGUUUUAACUCAUCUACGAAGACGUUUUGAAGUUCCUAUUCAUACUGCUAGGAUCACGCAAGGCAGGACCCGUCGUCAUGUGAGCGCGCGUACGAUUCGACGUCGUCUACGGGAAGUUGGAGUACGUGCAAGACGUCCAUAUUGCGGCGCCCGUUUGACACCUAGGCACCGCCGGAAUCGUAAUGACUUUGCCAGACGUCAUCAAAGAUGGCCAUUACAACGUAGGCGUCACAUCCUCUUUACCGACGAGUGCAAAUUUCAGAUUGAUUUCAACGACCGACGUCAGCACGUUUAC